AAUCUAUCUCUACAAAAAUUAGACGGUUGAAAAAUCAGCAAACACUUUAUAAAGUUAAAAGUUGUGAAAAAUAAAGAAGAAGAAGAAGAAGAAGAUCAGGAUAAUUAAGCUAAGGGGGCGACCCGAGAACAUAUAUAUAAGAAUUAAUGGCGGCAUUAAUCAAUCGUGGGUUUAGUUUUGCUGUUGCUGUGGUGAUGGUUGUGGCGGCGGCGCAGCUGGUCGGAGACGCGGCGGCGGCCACCUACGUGGUCGGAGAUGCCUCCGGUUGGAUGGUUCCCACCGGCGGCCCUGCUACCUACACCACCUGGGCUUCUCAGUAUGUUUUUAGAGUUGGUGAUGUUCUUGUGUUCAACUUCGGCACGGGGAUACACGAUGUAGCCCGUGUGACGAAGGACGCGUUCGACACUUGCACCUCCACGAACCCAAUUGCAUUCACAACCGUGGGACCCGCGAGUUUCACUCUCAACUCCACCGGUCCCGAUUACUACACUUGCACAUUCGGACAACAUUGUUCAUUAGGUCAAAAGUUGUCCAUCAACGUCUUACCGGCCUCUUCCACCACCACCACCCCAACGCCAUCUCCGGCCCCACUAGUGGCCCCCACCCCUCCCACUCCAUCUCCGGCGCCACUAGUGGCUCCCACCCCCGCCAUGCCCUCUCCAUCGCCGUCACCGGAAUCAUCGCCUUCUCCGGCACCUAGCGGCACCACCGACACUCCACCAUCAUCACCGGCUCCCUCACCGUCGUUGAUGGGGGACAUGAGCCCACCUCCACCGCCGUCAAGCUCUGCUGAAAUCGUUACUAUCGCCACCCCGUUUGUCGUUCUUGCAUCGUUCCUCCUCCUCGGCUUCGUGAUCUAGAUCAAUCCCGGCCCCGCGAAGAUGUAAUUUAAUAGCUUUCGAGUGUUGAUUUGAAUAUUUUUUUUGUAUCGGCCUUUAUUCUUAGGUUAUUAGGGAACUAGUGUUUAUUGGAUCAUGUGUCCAAUAUUAAUCCCUAAUAAGCUCAUUUUAAUUGUCUCCCACUUUAUGCAGACUCUAUAUUUAUGUAUGUUAUUUUGUGUGAUUAGACC